UUCACUCUGCCCAUAUAAUCCAUACACAAUACAAGUCUACUGGUAGUUGGAAAUGAAUUAAUUGUAUAUAUAUACAAAUACGGUAUAAAUGCAUGCAUGCAUGCAUGGUAUUGUCGAUUAAUGAGAUUGAUUUGAACAUCACAAAUCUCCCAAAAACCUCCAAAAAAUCAAUGCAUGCAUUUAUGCCGGAUUCAAGCGUGUUCAUCAUCAUCAUCCUGUCCAUUUCCUUAUGAGAUCAACACACACAGCAAGUAUUAAAUUAAAUUAUAAGCACGAAAAGAAUCCAAGAAAUUAAUCGAAGAAGAAGAAGAAGAAGAAGAAGAAGAAGCUGGGCGAUGCUUGCGGCUGCGAUAGAGUUGGUGGUGAUCGCGACGAGCUGCAUGGUGCGCGACGCCCAUGGCCACGACUACCGCGCCGCGCUCGCCAUGUCGCUGCUCUACUUCGAGGGCCAGCGCUCCGGCCGCCUCCCUCCCGCCCAGCGCGUCCAGUGGCGCGCCGACUCCGCCCUCGCCGACGGUGCCGACCACCGCGUACCUGACCUCGCCUCGCCGCCGUCCUCGAACGUGUCCGUGUGUGCGCGCACUGACGCAAUGCAAUGCGAUAUGCAGGUGGACCUCACCGGCGGCUACUACGACUCCGGCGACAACGUCAAGUUCGGGUUCCCCAUGGCGUUCACGGUGGCGGCGCUGUCGUGGAGCGUCGUGGAGUACGGCGACCGGCUCGACGCGGCGGGCGAGCUGGGCCACGCGCUCGACGCCGUGCGGUGGGGCGCCGACUACCUCACCAGGGCGCACGCGUCGGCCGGCGGCGGCGAGGCGCUGUACGUGCAGGUCGGCGACGGCGACUCCGACCACUCGUGCUGGCAGCGCCCCGAGAACAUGGACACGCCCCGCACGGCGUACAUGGUGAACGCCUCCAGCCCCGGCUCCGACAUCGCCGCCGAGACGGCCGCCGCGCUCGCCUCCGCCGCCGACGCCAACUUCUCCUCCACGCUCCUGCUGCACGCCAAACAGUUGUUUGAGUUUGCCAAGAAUCAUCGUGGCUUGUACCACAACAGUGUACCAUCAGCUGCAAAGUUCUACGCUAGCAGUGGCGAUGAGGACGAGCUGCUCUGGGCGGCAGCCUGGCUCUACAUCGCCACCGGCGGCGAGGAAGAGUACAGCGCCUACAUCGCCGGCGCCACCAACGUCGGCGGCGUGCGCUCCAUGUUCAGCUGGGACGACAAGUUCGUCGGAGCGCAGGCAUUGGUCACCAAGCUUGUCCUCCAGGGGAAGCUGCCGGCCGAUGGCAGCCACGCCGAGAUGAAGACAAACCUGGAGCAGUUCAUCUGCAACCUCGUGCAGCACUCCGGCGGCAAUGGCGGCGGCGGCGGGGGAGCCAGGCUCAGCCCCGGCGGCAUGCUGUGGUGGGACUCAUGGAACAACAUGCAGUACGUGACCCUGGCGUCCCUCGUACUCGCCGUGCACGCCGACCACCUGACGGCGGCGAGGUCGGCCUCCCUCCAGUGCGGCGGUGGCGCCUCGCGGUCGCCAGCGCAGCUCACCGCGUUCGUGCGGUCGCAGGUGGACUACAUCCUCGGCUCGAACCCCGAGACGAUGAGCUACAUGGUCGGGUACGGCAGCAGGUACCCGGCGGAGGUGCACCACCGGGCGGCGUCGUUGCCGUCGAUCAAGUCCAGCCCGGCGAAGGUCACCUGCAAGGGUGGGUUCGACUACCUCAACAAGGGCUCACCGGAUCCCAAUGUGAUCGCCGGCGCCAUCGUCGGAGGGCCGGAUGCCGAUGACCGGUACGACGAUUCCCGGCAGAAUUUCCGGCAGGCCGAGCCGUCCACCGUCACCGUCGCGCCCAUCGUCGGCAUUCUCGCAAGGCUUCUCCCUUCGUAG